AUGAGGCUCUCCUCAAAGAAAAAUGUGCACCAGGAGUUCAAGAAAGAGUUUUGGAUAUUUUCUGCCUCCAACUCCAGGUCUAAAUUUAAGACCCAGUUCAGUUGUAAAUCCUGGACCCACAAAUCCUGUACACCUUCAGACAAGUUCUUCUCGCAGCUAACAGACCUCCAUGCUGCUCUGGUAGACCUCCUAAGUCAAGGAGGCAUUGCCAUUGUUCCUCAAGGAACCAUAAGUGCAGGUGAGCUGCGUGAAUUUCUUCUCGGGCCUCCUGUAGAGAUUGAGGUACAUGAUCGAGACCAGAGGAUAGAAGAGAGCGUCAGUAAGCCAUCACUUUUCGGCAUGGAGCCUGAAGAUGAAAAACUGAGUAAUGUUGGUCUUGUGACUUCUAAACGUACUGUCCACAAUCCAUUUACAAAGGGUAACAGACAAUGGGAUCCCUAUGGAGUUGCAAAGCUAAGUUUAUCUGAGCUAGUCUAUGGUGCCACGUACUUAAACAUUUCUGUUCCAAUACACAGCUGUGAAUGUCCAGAUCCCACAGGCUAUCAAACAGACAGCAAAAAUGGAAAAAUUUUAGGAGUUAUAGGGUCAGUUGAUGGCCCUCAAGCUUCUCCAUUGCCAGUGGGACAUUAUUUGGAUGCCCAGUCACUGCUCAAAGUUAGAGUAGACCUUGCAGUGCCACUGCCUGUGAAUGAGGAGAGUCCCGAUUGUCCCUUUGGGCGUAUGGUGUGCAUCUUUGAAUACACGAACAGACAGCUGUUCAAGGAUUUUAUCUUUAAGAUUGCAAAUAUCAACUCAAAGGCUCUAGGCCUGGAUUUUAACCCUUGGAAUGUCACUGUAGAAGCUCUCUCCAGAGUGUGUUUGACUGAUGAUCAGAAAAGAGAUAUCUCCCUAGAUGUUAUAAGUGGUAUACAUAUCAUGGACGGCUCCAUUCACCUCUUUAUAUUGGAAGGACUGAAGGACAAAGCUAUUAAAGAACUGUGGGAAACCUUAUCAAGCAGGCCAAAAGGAGAUAAAGCAAAUCUAGAGACCCUGUACAACUCCGAAAUGGCUUUCCACGAGCGGUUAUACAAAGAUCUUGGAGUCUUGUUGUGCCAUGUUCAUCUGCUUGAGAAUCUCACAUCCUUGGUGAAUCAGCCACUUCUCUAUGUCCGGGAUAUGGUUCCUCCACUCUGUUUUCAUGCCUUAUCAAGGUUAGAUUACAUCUGCAGUGCCAAAAAACUACGAGACGUCAUCCACGGGAACUUGCUGCCCUCGGCAGAAAUGAUCCACCUUCUGAGCCGUGAAUUCGGAAUUCCAUUCAACUUUGCUGGCUUGCUUGCUGACCUUGAAUACUCGCCUAGUAAAACAAUGGGGAUUUCUGAAUGGGAAGAUAAAUGGUGCAGAAAACAUUUGUUGCGCAGCUCAUUAGAUAAUCAAAAUGAAGCAUAUCUUCUGUGGAAGUCGGAAACGGAAGGACAAGAGAUGAAAGAUCACAUCAAGGAAAACAUCGAGCAAGUUUACCAAUUAAGCAGAAAGGUGAGAAGACCCAAAGUGGAGUAUGUGGAGAUUGUGCCUGUGGACGGGAUGGCUGUUCACAACUACAGCACUCACACAUUCAAUUCCUCGGAACUGGCACACAAGAUACUACAACAGAAAAUGGCAGAGGAACCACACCGCAGAUUCACAUACUCUGCAGAUUACCAGUCUGCAACUGUAUGCCCAGUGGACAUUCAGGAGAACAAUGCUGCAAAGCCCAGGGAGGAACGGAUGACACCAAAUGGGUUCAUGUACCCAGGAUUCAAAAGCAGCAUUGAUUGCAACUGGCACCCCAAAACACCAGAUGCUUCCCGGAUACUGGAAUUAUCAAAGGCCUGGAAAGAAAAUAUCCUGCAUGCAAAUACUCUGCAGCCCACCCUUUCCCGAGACCGCUGGAGCUGGGCUAAGCGAAACAUGGAUUUCGAGCUGUACAGGAAGCCCCCAGAGAGCUGCUCGGUGUUGGGCAUGGGCCCCGAACACCUCCCAGGUAAGGGGAAGCCUUUCAUUUCUGUAGUAAAGCUUGUUCCUAAUUACAAGUACAGCUCUGUAUAA